ACUGCUAUCGCCUAGAAACCAGAGCUCCAAUUCUCGAAAAUAUUACGUAAAGACACCAGCCAGAGAUGUCAUUGAGUGCUGCCUCCCUGCGUCAAGUUUCCUCUCAGACGUUGCUCACAGAAUAAGGAUUCUGUGGAGGGUUUUUUUCCUGAUAUUUAUUUUGUUGUUUUCUUUUCACCCCGGGACCGGCGGUUAUUCUGCGCACUAUGAUGAUUCACAGUCCGAAGUCACCCUGGUGUUUGCCAUCGAUCUGAGAUGCGGAUUAAGGAGUGGGGCGACGUGCUGAGGGGAGACUGUGGUUGGAAGCUGUUUAAUUAUUUGGCAUUGCACCGAAGUUAGCAGAAAAUUUGCAUUUUGGGGCGUCUUCGUUGGGAGGGACGCAAACCGCGGCCAGGCAGUUGUAGUUGUCCGGGCAGGCUGCGCAGUGUCGUUUUGUUUCGCCUUGGAAAUCCUCAGUUGAUCGUGGCUGUUUCACUGGGGGGAUUUGCUGCGUUCAGAUUUAUGAAUGGAUAGAAUAUCCUUGAAGUUGUGGUUGAAAUACUUCUAAAACACACACAUUUUCAAAUAUCAUGGCGGACCGAACUGCUCCCCGGUGCCAGCUGAGAUUGGAGUGGAUUUACGGUUACAGAGGGCAUCAGUGCCGCAACAACCUGUACUACACCGCGGGCAAGGAGGUCGUGUACUUCGUGGCUGGAGUCGGCGUGGUUUACAACACGAGGGAGCACACCCAGAAGUUUUAUCUGGGACACAACGAUGACAUUAUCAGCCUAGCUCUGCACCCAGACAAAGCCCAGGUUGCGACGGGCCAGGUGGGGAAGGACCCCUACAUCUGUGUGUGGGACACAUACAGUGUGCAGACUGUCUCCAUCCUGAAGGAAGUGCACACGCACGGUGUGGCCUGUCUGGCCUUCGACUCGGACGGACAGCGGCUGGCCUCCGUGGGUCUGGAUGCCAAAAACACCGUGUGCGUGUGGGACUGGAAGAAAGGCAAGGUGCUGGCCACGGCGACCGGACACUCCGACAGGAUCUUUGACAUCACCUGGGACCCAUUCCAGCAGCACAGGCUGGUGAGCUGUGGGGUCAAGCACAUCAAGUUCUGGGCCCUGUGCGGGAACGCGCUGACCCCCAAGAGGGGGAUUUUCGGGAAGACGGGAGACCUGCAGACCAUCCUUUGCGUGGCCUCUUCGAAGGACGAUGUGACGUACUCCGGGGCGCUGAACGGGGACAUCUACGUGUGGAAGGGCCUGAACCUGGCACGCACCGUUCAGGCGGCUCACGGGGCGGGGAUCUUCAGCAUGUACGCGUGCGAGGAGGGCUUUGCUACCGGAGGGCGGGAUGGCUGCAUUCGCCUCUGGGACGUGGACUUCAAGCCCAUCACCAAAAUCGACCUCAGGGAGGCGGAUCAAGGCUACAAAGGGCUGUCGAUCCGCAGUGUGUGCUGGAAGGCAGACCGCAUCCUGGCUGGCACGCAGGACAGCGAGAUCUUCGAGGUGAUGGUGCGGGACCGGGACAAGCCCCUGCUCAUCAUGCAGGGCCACUGCGAGGGCGAGCUGUGGGCCCUGGACGUCCACCCCAAGAAGCCGCUCGCCGUGACGGGCAGCGACGACCGAUCAGUGCGGUUGUGGAGCCUGGCAGACCACGCCCUGAUCGCCCGCUGUAACAUGGAGGAGGCGGUGCGCAGCGUGGCCUUCAGCAGCGACGGCUCCCAGCUGGCCCUGGGCAUGAAGGAUGGCUCCUUCACUGUGCUCCGCGUCAGGGACAUGACGGAGGUGGUCCACAUUAAAGACCGGAAGGAGGUGAUCCACGAGAUGAAGUUCUCCCCGGAUGGCUCUUACCUUGCCGUGGGCUCCAACGACGGCCUGGUUGACGUCUACGCCGUGGCACAGCGCUACAAGAAGGUGGGGGAGUGCAACAAGUCGUCCAGCUUCAUCACGCACCUGGACUGGUCUGUGGACAGCAAGUACCUGCAGACCAACGACGGGGCAGGAGAGAGGCUCUUCUACAAGAUGCCAUCUGGGAAACAUCUCACGUCUAAAGACGAGACCAAAGGGAUCCACUGGGCGACCUGGACGUGUGUGAUCGGCCCUGAGGUGAGCGGGAUCUGGCCCAAAUACACCAACAUCAACGACAUCAACUCGGUGGACGCUAACUACAACAGCGCCGUGCUGGUGACCGGGGACGACUUCGGCCUCGUCAAGCUCUUCCGAUUCCCCUGUCUGAAGAAAGGGGCAAAAUUCAAGAAAUACAUCGGCCACUCCGCCCAUGUGACCAACGUGCACUGGUCACAUGACCUGCAGUGGGUGCUGAGCACGGGGGGUGCGGACCACUCGGUGUUCCAGUGGAGGUUCCUGCCGGAGGGGGUGAUGAACGGUGUUCUGGAACCCCUUCUCCAAGAGGGAUACGCUGAUUCCAACAGCGAGGAGUCGGACUCUGACCUCUCGGAUGUCCCGGAGCUCGACUCGGACAUCGAGCAGGAGGCCCAGAUCAACUACGACCGUCAGGUGUACAAAGAGGACCUGCCUCAGCUGAAGCAGCAGAGCCAGGAGAAGAAGCAGGCGAUGAGCUCACUGAAGCGGCAGCGGGUUCCAGAGGAGGGCCUGCGUCUGCAGUUUGUGCACGGGUACCGGGGCUACGACUGCAGGAACAACCUGUUCUACACGCAGGCGGGGGAGGUGGUGUACCACGUGGCCGCCGUGGCGGUGGUGUACAACCGCCAGCAGCACUCGCAGCGUUUCUACCUGGGCCACGACGACGACAUUCUCAGCCUCGCCGUGCACCCGCUCAAGGACAUCGUGGCCACCGGGCAGGUGGGCCGGGACCCAGCGACCCACGUCUGGGACAUACAGACACUGAAGUGUCUGUCCCUCCUGAAGGGACACCACCAGAGAGGGGUGUGCGCACUGGACUUCUCAGCGGACGGCAAGUGUCUGGUGUCUGUGGGCAUCGAUGACAACCACUCGAUAGUGGUGUGGGAAUGGAAGAAGGGGGAGAAGCUGGCCACAGCGAGAGGUCACAAAGACAAGCUGUUCGUGGUGAAGUGUAACCCCGUGCACAUGGACAAGCUGGUGACGGUGGGCGUGAAGCACAUCAAGUUCUGGCAGCAUGCAGGUGGAGGCCUGACGUUUAAGCGUGGGGUGUUCGGGAACCUGGGCAAGCCGGAGACCAUGAUGUCGGUGUGUUACGGCCGCUCCGAGGACCUGGUGUUCUCCGGCGCCGCCACCGGCGACGUCUACAUCUGGAAGGACACCAUGCUUCUGAAGACCAUCAAGGCCCAUGACGGACCCGUCUUCGCCAUGUACUCGCUGGACAAGGGGUUUGUGACAGGUGGCAAGGACGGCGUGGUGGAGCUGUGGGAUGACAUGUUUGAGAGGUGCCUGAAGACCUACGCCAUCAAGAGAUCUGCACUGUCCCCUGGAUCUAAAGGGUUGCUGCUAGAGGAUAACCCCUCCAUUCGUGCCAUAACUCUGGGACAUGGCCACAUCCUGGUGGGAACCAAGAACGGAGAAAUCCUUGAGAUCGACAAGAGUGGCCCCAUGACCCUGCUGGUCCAGGGUCAUAUGGAAGGGGAGGUGUGGGGGUUGGCUGCUCACCCCCUGCUCCCUAUCUGUGCCACGGUGAGCGACGACAAGACCCUGCGCAUCUGGGAGCUCUCCGCCAACCACCGCAUGGUCGCCGUGCGCAAGCUCAAGAAAGGUGGACGAUGUUGUGCCUUCUCCCCCGACGGGAAAGCCUUAGCGGUGGGCCUGAACGACGGCAGCUUCCUGGUGGUAAACUCGGACACGCUGGAGGACAUGGUGUCUUUCCACCACAGGAAAGAGAUCAUUUCUGACAUCAGGUUUUCUCAAGAUGCUGGAAAAUACCUUGCAGUGGCUUCUCACGAUAACUUUGUGGAUAUCUACAACGUGCUGACCAGCAAGAGGGUGGGCAUCUGCAAGGGCGCCUCAAGCUACAUCACGCACAUCGACUGGGACACACGGGGUAAAUUGCUGCAAGUGAAUUCAGGUGCCAAAGAGCAAUUAUUCUUCGAAGCCCCAAGAGGAAAAAGACAAACCAUCCGAACUUCAGAGAUUGAGAAGAUCGAGUGGGCCACCUGGACCUGCGUUCUGGGCCCCACCUGUGAGGGCAUCUGGCCCACCCACAGUGACAUCACCGACGUCAACGCCGCCUCCCUCACCAAAGACAGGAAGCUGUUGGCCACAGGGGACGACUUUGGCUUCCUCAAGCUCUUCAGCUACCCAGCCAAGGGGCAGUAUGCCAAGUUUAAGAAGUACGUGGGCCACAGCGCCCAUGUGACCAACGUGCGCUGGUCGCAGGACGACGCCACGCUGCUGACGGUGGGCGGGGCCGACACCGCGCUCAUGAUCUGGAGCCGUGAGACGACGGGCAGCCGCGAGACCAAGCCCGUGGACAGCGAGGAGUCGGACGACGACACAGAGGAGGACGGAGGCUACGACAGUGAUGUUGCCAGGGAGAGGAGCAUCGAUUACACCACCAAGAUCUACGCUGUGAGCAUACGGGACAUGUCUGGCGUCAAGCCCCACCAGCAGCAGAAGGAAGUGUCGGCGGAAGAGAGGCAGGGAAUUGUCAAGGGAUCCAGGCCCCCGGUCAGCAGAGCCGCCCCUCAGCCAGACAAACUGCAGAAGAACAACGUCACCAAGAAGAAGAAGCUGGUGGAGGAGCUGGUACUGGACCACGUCUUUGGAUACCGGGGCUUUGAUUGUCGCAACAACCUGCAUUACCUCAACGACGGUGCUGACAUCAUCUACCACACGGCGGCGGCAGCCAUGGUGCAGAGCCUCUCCACAGGCACUCAGAGUUUCUACCUAGAACACACGGACGACAUCCUCUGUCUGACUGUCAAUCAACAUCCCAAGUAUAAAAACGUCAUAGCCACGGGGCAGAUCGGGACCACGCCCUCCAUCCACGUGUGGGACGCCAUGAGCAAGCAGACGCUGUCCAUCCUGCGCUGCUCGCACGCCAAGGGCGUCAGCUACGUCAACUUCAGCGCCACGGGGAAGCUGCUGCUGUCGGUGGGCGUGGAGCCCGAGCACACCAUCACCGUGUGGCGCUGGCAGGAAGGUGCCAAAGUGACCAGUAAAGGUGGCCAUACGGACAGGAUCUUCGUGGUGGAGUUCCGGCCAGAUUCUGACUCACAGUUCGUAUCUGUGGGCGUUAAACACAUCAAGUUCUGGACUCUGGCUGGCGGCUCACUUAUCUACAAGAAGGGGGUGAUCGGCUCAGUGGACGACGCCAGGAUGCAAACCAUGCUGUCUGUGGCUUUUGGUGCUAAUAACCUCACUUUCACUGGUGCCAUAAAUGGGGACGUGUACGUGUGGAGGGACCACAUCCUGGUGCGAGUAGUGGCCAAAGCGCACACCGGGCCUGUGUUCACCAUGUACACCACGCUGAGGGACGGGCUGAUCGUCACCGGGGGCAAGGAGAGGCCGACUAAGGAGGGUGGGGCAGUGAAGCUGUGGGACCAGGAGAUGAAGCGUUGCCGGGCAUUCCAGCUGGAGACGGGCCAGGUGGUGGAGUGUGUUCGGUCCGUGUGCCGGGGAAAGGGUAAGAUACUGGUGGGAACCAAGGAUGGUGAGAUCAUCGAGGUCGGGGAAAAAAACGCCGCCUCCAACAUCCUGAUCAACGGUCACAUGCAGGGGGAGAUCUGGGGCCUGGCCACGCACCCCUCCAAAGACGUGUUCAUCUCGGCCAGCGAUGAUGGCACCAUCCGCAUCUGGGACCUGGCAGACAAGAAACUGCUGAACAAGGUGAGCUUGGGCCACGCAGCCAAAUGCGCCAGCUAUAGCCCUGAUGGGGAGAUGGUCUCUAUCGGCAUGAAGACCGGAGAGUUCAUCGUCCUGCUGGUCAACUCGCUCAAGGUGUGGGGAAAGAAGCGUGACCGGAGUGCCGCCAUCCAGGACAUCCGGUUUAGCCCUGAUAACCGGCUGCUGGCAGUGGGAUCUGUGGAGAGCACGGUGGACUUCUAUGACCUGACGCUCGGCCCCUCCCUCAACCGCAUCGGCUACUGCAAGGACAUCCCCAGCUUCGUCAUCCAGAUGGACUUCUCAGCAGACAGCAAGUACAUCGAGGUGUCCACGGGGGCCUACAAGCGGCAGGUACAUGAGGUGCCCUCUGGGAAGAUGGUGACGGAGCAGGCUCUCAUCGAUAAGAUCACCUGGGCCACCUGGACCAGCACCCUGGGAGAGGAGGUGCUGGGAAUUUGGCCCCGAAACGCGGACAAGGCCGACGUUAACUGUGCCUGCGUCUCCCACGCCGGCCUUAACGUGGUGACCGGGGACGACUUUGGCCUUGUCAAGCUCUUCGACUUCCCGUGCUCUGAGAAAUUUGCCAAACACAAGCGUUACUUCGGCCACUCGGCUCACGUGACCAACAUACGCUUCUCCUACGACGAUAAGUAUGUGAUAAGCACAGGAGGCGAUGACUGCAGUGUGUUUGUGUGGAAAUGCCUGUAAGAAUCCACCAUCCUGCAUACUGCAGCUACCCCCACCUCCGCGCCCCCCCCCCACCUCACCCUCGCCCUGAUGGGAAGCAAGAGGAAUCCCAAAGCCUCAAGUGUCUGGCUGCUACCAACCUGUUACUGAAAUGCUGCAAAUUACACAUUCUUAACGCCCAAGGAGGAUGCUGGAGGCAGUGGUGUGAGAAGUGGGAUGGAGGGGCUGAGCAACAAGCUUCUCCAAGACCACUUAGCACCUUCACUGUCCUGAACACAGGCCAAAAUCUGUACUCUGUACUCUGUACAUGCUGGAACGGCAAGUGUUAACUGCUGCUUGGAAGGAAAUGCUCGUCUUGCCACAGAAAAAAGGGUGUUUUUCUCACCGGCCUCCAAAAAAAAAAAAUAAUAAGCGUUUGUGUUUACAUUCUCAUCCGUUUUCCAUGAAGGAAGUGGCAGGAAAAAAAAGUGUAAUGCCAACUUUUUAUUUAAUUUAAA